UGCCGUGCUUGCAGAUAUUGCAAUUAUAGACCCGCUUACCUUAGUUUUUCUCCUUAUUUGGCAGAAACAUGAUGAAAUGAUGCUAUCAAUUUCUAGAACAUUUCAUGCUUUGAAGAAAUCUCUCAAAAUUCUUUAUCAAGACUAUAAUCAAGUAGUAACACUCUAUAACGAACAAGGGCUACCUAAACCUAAAAGAGCUUGUGUAAAGCUAUUAGCAGAAACUAGAUAUGCUUCAAAAGUUCUCACUAGUUUAAUUAUUCCAGAAAAUUGGCUUAUAGUUUAUAUGGAAUACUUGGAAGAUUAUUCGACAUUAAAUUACUUUGCCUCUAUUAAUAAACAAAAUCAUUUAAGAGAGAAGAUCAAAGAAAUUAUUAGAUAUUUGCAUGAUGCAGGACAUGUGCAUGGAGACUUGCAUGAAGGAAACAUCCUAGUUUGUCAACUUACGAAUAAUGAUUUUGAUGUAAAAUUGAUCGAUUUUGAAUGGUGUGUAGAGGUUAGUUCUGCAUGUUAUUCUCACUUUAUAAACCAUGCUGAUAUUGAAUAG